AUGUCUCCAGGCAUUAGGAGAGUCUCCCCCUUAGCACAAGUACUCGGAGCACCCGAAGACUAUAAAAAAUUCUCAUUCAACACUACUGGCAACGUCACACGAGUCCUCAUUGACCACCCCCCGAUCAAUCUUGUAGACAUCGACAUUAUCUCCGAUUUUACAACCUUGCUUCGAAAUCUUGAGAAGAAUCAUGCUUCAGACGCUGCCCCCAAAGUCGUCAUCUUCUCCAGUGCCGAUCUAGACUUCUUCCUUGCGCACCUCGACUUCUACAUGCUUUCAACAGACCAUCCUCUACAUCCUCCUUUCUCCAACAGAGAGGUCACUUACGCCUACAACAACGUAGCUCGCCUUCUUGGUACGGUGCCGACCAUCUUCAUCGGCGAAGUCAGCGGCCGUGCGGAGGGUGCUGGCAACGAAUUACUUGUGCGGAUGGACAUGGGCUUCGCAAGCACAGGCGCACUGCUCGGUGCCUCCGAAGCAGCCAUCGGCCUUACACACGCAGCAAGCGGAUUGCAGUAUCUCACGCGUCCGAUCGGACUAGGCCGCGCAACCAAGUAUCUCCUGGCCGCCAAAAGCGCAGAUGCAAAGACCGCUGCGGAAUUUGGCUGGGUCAACCAGGCGUUUGAUACGAAGGAAGAGAUGGAGAGCUACGUCGACAACCUCGCCGCCAGGAUUGGCGUCUUCACCAGACAAGGCCUGGAGGCAACCAAACGGGGCAUCCGAUAUGGUUCGGGCCCAGGCCAGCGGCAAUCGCCAAGGAUUUGGAAGUUGUGGACGAGUUGA